AUAAAAAAAACACCACAAAAUGAACCUAGCCCACAAUUCCAUCUAUAUGCAAUCCAAUUUAAGAAACAUCUCAUCGUAAAUCAUAUUAAAAUCCACCCAAUAAAUCAAUAAAUAAAUUAAAUGUUCAUAUGUUAAUUAAUUCAAUUUCCAAAGAGUACCAACCCAUUGUUCAAUUUCCCUGCUACAUUCACACAUUCACAUUCAUAUUCUUUACGCUACCUUAUUCUCCCUCAAUUCCAUUCAGGUUCAUUCUUCACUCUUCAUUUUCUUCUUAACCCUUUUCCACAUUCCUCAUUUUCACCCUUUCUUCGUUUUCAUGCAUUCUCUUUCUAAUUCUAAUAUGCUACAAACAUCCUCUUCAUCCUUACCUUAUUAUUCUCACUCCACCCAUUGUUAUUUCCCUUGUUCUUGUUGUUGCUGUUUUUAAACAUAUCCAUAACUUCAAUUUAAAAAAAAAAAUCCACUUUUUUGAAUCGGGUAUUUGUUAUUGUUGUUUCUGAAACUACCCAUUAUCUGAAUUUUGAAAAAAAAAUCGAUUUUUUUGAAUCGGGUAUUUUUGUUUUGGUUGAUCCAUGGAUGCACAAGCGGGUUUAUCACUGGGGUUAAACGCUACCAUGCCAUCUCCAACAAAUUCAUCAAAUGGGUCACUCACUGAUAACUCUUUUUCAUUCCAUUUGAAUUCAAAACCAAACCCUUCUCUUUCCUGGCGUUUACUUCAUGAAAAACCAGACAACAAUGUUCAUCUUAAUCUCAUCAAACAAGAACAGGAACAAGAUGAAGUUGUUGAUGGUGUUGGUGAAGAAGAAGGUGAAACAAUUGAUUUUAUGGGUAGACCUAUUUGUUUCAAGAGGAGAUUAGAGGAAGAAACACAACAAAGUUUUGUUCCGGCGAAGCGUGUUGCGGUGGAUUCUAAGGCUGUGAGUUGGGGAAAUCAACCUUUGAGUGUAGCUGAUCCUGAAAUAUUUACAAUUAUGGAGAAGGAAAAGUUGAGACAGUUUAAAGGAAUUGAAUUAAUUGCUUCUGAGAAUUUUGUUUGUAGGGCUGUGAUGGAAGCACUUGGUAGUCAUUUGACUAAUAAGUAUUCAGAGGGAAUGCCGGGAGCGAAAUAUUAUACCGGUAAUCAGUAUAUCGAUCAGCUUGAGUUUCUAUGUUGUGAGCGUGCAUUGAAUGCUUUUCAUCUUGAUUCAAGUAAUUGGGGUGUUAAUGUUCAGCCUUAUUCAUGCACUUCAGCUAAUUUUGCUGUUUAUACUGGUCUUUUGAAUCCUGGGGAUAGGAUUAUGGGGUUGGAUUCGGCGUCUGGUGGACAUUUGAGUCAUGGUUAUUAUACUCAUGGUGGGAAGAAGGUUUCGGCGGCUUCUAUAUUUUUUGAGACUUUGCCUUAUAAGGUGAAUCCAUUGACUGGUUAUAUUGAUUAUGAUAAGGUUGAGGAGAAAGCAGUGGAUUAUAGGCCGAAGAUACUUAUUUGUGGUGGUAGUUCUUAUCCUAGAGAAUGGGAUUAUGCGAGGUUUAGGAAGAUUGCUGAUAAAUGUGGAGCUGUUUUGAUGUGUGAUAUGGCUCAUAUUAGUGGACUUGUUGCGGCUAGGGAAGUUGCGAGUCCAUUUGAUUACUGUGAUAUUGUCACCUCAACAACCCACAAAAGUCUUCGAGGUCCAAGAGGAGGUAUUGUCUUUUACCGAAAAGGGCCAAAACCAAGGAAGCAAGGCUUUGUUCUUAAUCACGGAGAUGAUAAUAGUAAUUAUGAUUUUGAGGAGAAGAUAAACUUUGCUUUAUACCCAUCGUUACAAGGAGGUCCCCACAACAAUCACAUUGCAGCUCUUGCCAUAGCUUUGAAACAAGUUGCGACUCCAGAGUAUAAAGCAUACAUGCAGCAGGUGAAGAGAAAUGCACAGGCAUUAGCAACUGCGUUGUUGAAAAGAAAAUGCAGAUUGGUUACUGAUGGUACUGACAAUCAUCUUUUGCUCUGGGAUAUAACUGCACUCGGUUUAAUUGACAGAAACUAUGAGAAGGUUUGUGAGGCGUGUCACAUCACUCUCAAUAAGUGUGCCAUUUAUGGUUCUAUUUCUUCUGGAGGAGUGAGAAUCGGAACUCCUGCAAUGACAUCAAGAGGCUGUUUAGAGGACGAUUUUGAGACUAUGGCCGAUUUUCUUCUGAGGGCAGCUCAGAUUACAAGCAUAAUACAGAGGGAACAUGGUAAAUCAUGCAAAGAUUUUCUCAAGGGUCUUCAGAGUAAUAAAGAUAUUUUUGACCUCAGAAAUCGGGUUGAGACAUUUGGCUCCCAGUUUGAAAUGCCAGGAUUCAAUUAUUGAUUUUAGAGUGCAAACCUUCAAUCCAUUCAUACCCAGACAUCAUUAUACUUCUUGGCUUACCAUGUUUUGAAUUAUUUUUCCAUGGUUUCAAGUCAGAUUUUUUUCUUCUUCUCGUUACUCUUUUAUUUAUCAAGUUAGCUCUUGUAAAUAAGUAUGCAGACCAUACAUUGAACUGCAAUUUUCCAGUUUUUACUUAGUGAUUGUACAAAUUAUGCAAGGUCCACACUCUUUUGGUUUUGAUGAAACAUCAGCAAAAUUACAUGGCAAUGUUAUUUGGCACUCUUGUUGAUUCAUACGAAUUCUCUGCUUUAACAAA